AAGUCGACUCUUUUCUACGUCUUUACCUACGAACCCCCUUCAAUCGUCUGUCCUCACCGCCCCCUACCAUCCUCUCCGUGUACACAUCAUAUCUCAUGGUCGAUACGUUUGAAAUUGUACCUCAAAUCUACCAGAAGAAGCUAGCAUAUCUGCCGCUACCCAGCCGAAAUCGGAACAAAUGAUGAAUACGAACAUCAAAAAAUAUCUUUCUCACCUAUUCCCAAGCUCGCCAAGGAGACACAGCUCAAUUCCACCAGCUGUGGCUGGAGAUAAGGUCAUUUUGGUGUCUUUUUCAGUCGUCCUUAUCUCUGGCAGAUUCCUUUCGUGUUCCUCAAAGUUGAGAAGUUUCCGCGAAUGCCCGAUGAGACGGUCAUGCUGAUGUCGAAGUAUAUAUCAAGAAUCUAUUGUACUUCACGCCAAGAUGAAACACUUAUGUGAACAUAUCCUAGAGUGGUUUUGCUUCUCACAACGUGACGUGAGAAGUGCACAAACGACGUCCAAUUGUUUGGUUGAUGACCAGAGUAUCAAAUCGACUUAUUCCAUUUCGCCUAACCAAGGGUGCCAUGCCGCCGCCAUAUGGCCGUUGUUAGAGGUUGAAAGUAUUUUAUAUAUCAGUACAGGGAGUACGGACGGUGAUACAAAAGCAUCUGGAGACACCUGCGCGUGUUGGAUCUCGAAAGACGGAUAUGCGGUAUACCACCUAUGACAGAGCCAACUCACGGAGAAAUUCUUUUCGUGUCAGCUGUCUGUUCUCGUCCCAGACCUGAUAUCGGUUAUACGGUGAUUUGAAUCUGGGUGUUUUGUUCGGUCACUUCAGGCGGCUUUUCGUUUUCCAUAGACUGCGUCCACAUAGCUCCUCUCGGAAGGACUUCUUAUUCCCUUUUUUAUGGCAAUUCAAAUCCCUUAUAGACAGACAGUUUGUUGCGAAAAGGCUUUGAGGUUUGUAUGCCUUGAUGAACGCACUCAUGAAUUGUUAUAAUCACUCUUGUCUCAGGUGGUGACUUUGGUUGGUAUAUGGGCUGAGCUCAACGAGCAUUAUAACCACUUCGAGGAAAGGUCAAAGGAUGCGUUGCGAGAGCCCGGAUUUCCCAGAGCUAGGACAGGUCCAAAUUGUCACCAAUAUGCUCGUGUCAUGUCAUAUAUAUGGUUGUUCUUCCCUUUAGCAACAUUUCUUCCGCCUUAUGCACAAGCCUGCUUACUAUCAGAACAUCUCACCAACUCUUCCUACAGAUUUCAAAUUCAUGUACUCGAGUACGCCAAAGUCAACAACGCCUAUGAGUUUGGCGUUCCUGUUCUUGUUCCUGUUCCUUGCAUGGCUUGAUCAUUCACGGGAUUUACUGAACCGUCAAAUCGUGGCUUGCUUUUUAGCAUGAAGAGGCUUCCCAAGGGCUGAGAUCACCGAACGUCGUUUCUUUUUGGGGGCGAUUUAGAGUGGUCAGUCAUGCUAGUCCAAAGCCAUUUCAGCCAAUGGAUGAAUUGUGGUUCCUCAAAAGUGCACCGGAGACAUCCACUCCCGAACCUAAAUCCAACAUCCCGUCACGAACAACCAAAAACGGCCCCAAAUUUGAAGCCACAACCGGAGUCUUUUCGAGUGCUCCUGCUCAUUACGCGAAAUCGCGAUGAUUCUUUUUGACGGGUCUUCAAAACACCGGCGCUUGCAAGAUGGUGUUCUUUUUUCCCUCGUGUCUGUGGUAGGUUGAUGGUGUAUUACGGUCUUGCUGUAUCACCAUCUGAGAUACAUAUGAUACAAUACAACCCUUUCUUUCGCUCCCUCCUUCAUAUUUCUUCGUCUGUCGUUCGAUUUUCAGGGUUUGGACAAGCUUUCUCAUGCCCCAUUCGAUUGCGCAAUACUGGUACAGUAGUUGAUGAUCAGUUGAAAAUCGCGGGGCGGCCAGUCUUUGAAACAUAUACGAGACAAGGGGGAGCGCGCGAACGAAGAGGAGAAUAAGCGCAACGAGGGUCCAAAGGUUCAGACGAUCGCAUGUCUACGAGGAAGAACCUUGGGCGGAACUCGACGACAAGAUAAUACAUACGAAAAAGAUUGUAGGAUUGAUUGUUAUCGUUGUGGUACGACUGGGGCGACCACAACAAAGAUACCAAUCAAUUACGAGAAUACAGAAGGCAGGUUGUAUUACGAUCACGCCCAGACUCGCGGGACAAAUUUCCUUGGAUUCUUCAAUACGAUCAUCGGAAGCGAAGAAUACUGUACCCAAGGAGAAAGCUUAGCCCAAGCAUCAAACCGUUAACCAAGAAAUGUCACUCUGCGGCGUCCGCCCAGAAGGCUUCGUACGCUCCCUACCUGAGUGCUUUAUAAAAUAAAAAAACUCAAACUAACAUCUUCCCAGGGCCCCUCCUCCACCCUCUCCUCUCCCCUCCCAACAACCUGCUUCACAGACACAAUCCUCAUUCCCCUCCCAACAUGGCUCCUCCUACUCUCCCUCCCACCUCUAUUCCUCCUCGCCCGACGAAUCCUCUACCCCUCCCACAAAUCCAACUCGGAAGCGAAAAGAAGCUGGACCCUCACAAUCUCGAUGAUAGCAUACUACUUCUUGAUCCUCGUCAACAUCCUCAUGUUAACGCUGGAAUUGGUGCGCUUAUCAACGAUCAACUUCGGGGUUGGAUUGCUGCCAUUUGAAUAUAUUGGUCUAUUAACAGGCGCAUACCUUCACUUUUCAAACGGGAUUGGGGGCAGGAUAAUUGGAUGGAGAUGGAGUAAUAUGGGGGUGCUUUGGGCGGGAGGUUCGGCUGUAAAUGUUGUUAAGGCUGCGGGACUUGCGAAGGAGGGAGGGGUGAGAGAGGGGAAGUAUCCAAUGAGUGAUCAGAUUACGGAUGUUGCGGUUUCCGCCGGGGUUUUUGGUGUUAUUGCGAUCUUGGAGGGUUGGCUUUGGGUUCUGGAAAGGAGGGGAAAUGCAGGGAGAGGCGGGAAGGAGGGUAUGGGGAGUGUUUGUAGUGGGGAGGAGGAGAUGGGCUUGAGGGUUGCCCCGAUGGGUGGUGUAAGGUGA